AUGUCUAGGCCAAGCGUUGCGGCGCGAACCUUUUCGCAGACGGAGGAGCUGGAACGCUUGGAGCAGUCCAUCACCCUCACUCUACAAGGUAAACUUGUGCAGUUCCUAUGCACCGAGCCGACGAGGAGACUGUUGUCUAAUAAGAUUGCAGAAAUCGAUCACAACUUUAGCAAAGCGCACAGAAUCGUCACGACCAGCAUCUUGCCAGUGGUGGAGCAGUAUGGCGAAAACUCGAACGCCAUUUGGGAGGCAUCCAAGUUUUGGAAGCAAUUCUUCGAGGCAUCUGCCAAUGUUUCCCUGUCCGGAUACGAAGAACUUGCCAACGACGAGUCGACUGUCAUGGAGGAGAGCACUGCGAUACGAGAAGACGGAGACGCCGCCGAUGACGCGCUCGAAGCCGAGAAUACCACAUCCAGCCGUCAACACGACCACAAACCGGUCGAGGAUGACGAUGACGAGUCGAUGCUAGAUGAUGCUGAGCUAGCAGGAAGCACACCACGGCCCGGAACGUCCAAAUUUUCCAAAGCGCACAGGGUAUCCAUGGAGUCCCCUUAUGAGGCCAUGCGCCGCGAGAUGAAGCAUGAGGAAGACGGCGACACGUCGGUUCUCGACGAGGAGGAGGACUCGUCCCUCCUGUUUGCGCAACAGACGGCCCGUCUGCCAGACGUGACCUUGACGCCCAAGGCGCUGCUGGACCAGCGCAACAUGGAUCCAUCCACCGGCGGCAAGGACCCCCUCCUGCACCGCGUGCUGGACAAGAACUACAGGAUACAAGCCACCCCGCACAAGCCGGCCGCCAAGGGCACGCCAGUGCGCGGGGCCGCCGCGGCGACCGCCCAGCGGGAGAGAACGGCGGCGUGGCAAGACUCGCCGGCGUCAUCGCCCGAGAUGGCGAUUCCCCAGCUGCGCAGCGAAGCCUUCAUGUCGCCGUACAAGUCCUCUGCCGCCCCCGGCCGCGCCGCCGCAGCAGGGCCCAGCUCGGGCGCCGAGCGUCGACGACAGCGGUUCACGCCGGCGGCGUCGUCGCACGGGCCGAGAACACCGGGCGUCAGCGUGCAGACGCCCAUGAGUAGGAAGACGAGACAGGCACUCGCGGAUGGGUCCCUCAAGGGCAAGCAAAAAUACGAAAUCGACUGGGAAAGUGACGAAGAUGAUGAUGACCUGUACGGCGGCAUGAGUCCACCCAAGACGAUACAGUUUGCGCUACCACCAUCGAAGCUAUUACAAACACCAGGGGCGAACCCGGCGUCGUCCGAGUACAGCCCGACGAUGGUGAAGAUGAAUGAGGAUAUAUUAAACGACAGUUUCUAG